AUGGGCGCCUCCAGAGAACCUGAACGCCCAAAGUCACAACUGCAUUCUUCGCUCAAUCAUUUUGCCGAUUCUGCCUUUGACCCCGUUGAUUUCCUGAACGACUCUCUCCCUCCCUUAGCACGGUUAUCUGAUGCUUCAAAGGAUUCCCGUGCCGUCUCGAUAGCCGAUCUUUCGUCCCACACACAAUCACUACUUUCUCAAUUAAGUGCGCAGAGUGCUCGGCUAUCGAGCACCCUAACCCAACUCACAGAUGAGAUCCUGAGGAGUAGUGGCCGCUUAGCGUAUGAGGUAGAAGUGUUGCGCGGAGAGACUAUCGGACUCUCAGACACGCUCACUGGUGUAUUACAAGAAGAUAUCGAACAACUCAUCCCUGGGGGAUUGCCCAAACAGUCAAAUGCCAAGGAGCAGGAAGAGGGUGAGCCUGUGGAAGAAUCUACAGACUCAAAUAGCGAACCUCAAUUAGAAAGCACCGAGCAUGUUCCAGAUUAUAUUCGUGACCUACGAACGCUAUGUCAUGUUAGAUCGAAGCUUGAAGAUGUGAUUCAUGUAUUUGGGGAAGCGAUGGAAUGGCCAAUACCUCCCUCAGAAGUAUCAAUCGCCUCUUCUUUUAUAUCCGUUUCCGCUCCUGAACCUGGUGCUCAAAAUCACAGCCGCGAAGAGAAAGGGCGCGAGGUAGCCCAAAGGUUGAAAAAUGAGGUCAUGGAGCUUCUGGAAAGCAAUGGUGGAGGCGAAGCUGGACUUCGAGAGGCUACAUUACGCGUAGAAUCCUUGCGUCAGCUGGCUGUUGUGUGGAAAGGCACCGUCGAAGAAAAGGCACGUAACAAAUUUGUUGAUAGCCUGGCGAAGGUAGUGGAAGACCGACGGAAGCUUCUUGAGGGCCAGGCAAGGGCUCGAGAUAGUAAAGGAUCUCGACAAAGAGGAGAACCCCCUGCGACUCUAAGCAGACAACCGUCAGAUUUUGGUAAAGGGUCGAAUCAAGAGAGUAGCGGUGGUGGUUUAUUUCGAAACCUGCAGCGUUUAAGGGAUGAGAUAUACCUAGACUAA